AUGAAGAUGAGUAGAGCUGAAGGUUCUAAAAUACAAGACAAGAAAGUCAGUUCAGGACAAAGCAGCACUGGCACUAAACCAGAUCAUCCCCCCCCACUGAGGGUUGAUGACAGGCAGCGGCUGGCUCGGGAGCGCAGAGAGGAACGAGAGAAGCAGCUGGCUGCAAGAGAAACAAUCUGGUUAGAAAGAGAAGAGAGAGCCCGGCAGCAUUAUGAAAAACACCUGGAGGAACGCAGGAAGAAACUGGAAGAGCAGAGAUUAAAGGAAGAGAGAAGGCGAGCUGCUGUGGAGGAGAAGCGAAGGCAGAGAAUAGAAGAAGACAAGGAGCGACAUGAAGCUGUUGUUCGUCGCACGCUGGAAAGGAGCCAGAAGCCAAGACAGAAGCAGAACAGGUGGUCGUGGGGAGGAGCCCUGCAGAACCGCAUGAGCAGCACAGAUCCAGACAGGCGGUCUGUUUCUACAAUGAACCUUUCGAAACAUGUUGAUCCAGUCAUUAACAAGCGGCUCUCCUCCUCAUCUGCAACAUUACUAAAUUCUCCAGACAGAGCUCGCAGACUCCAGCUCAGUCCCUGGGAGAGCAGCAUUGUUAGCAGGCUGCUGACGCCCACCCACUCCUUCCUGGCCCGAAGUAAAAGCACAGCUGCAUUGUCUGGAGAUGCAGCAUCUUGCAGCCCCCUCAGCCCUCUGUCCUACAAGGCCACCAGCUGCAGGCAUCCCAUGGACCGAGCCAAGCUCUGCGCCUGCGCCGACGCGGCGGGACUGCGGGGAGCGCGGCGGGCGGGGACUGACAAAAGAGAAAAAGAGAGAGACCAUUUGUCAUCCAGCUUCUCAGCCAGCUUUAAAGGAGGUCAUUUUUCUUCCAACCCCAAAGCUAGAUCGCCAGCUCCCUCUCCAGUUUGGCAUGCGUCCAAGUCUUUGCCUUUUUUGCCUGGCACACCCAAGCAAAUAACUUCCCCCCCUGGCUCCUCCACAGCGGUGGAGAGGGAGCAGAGGGAGAAGGAAGAGAUGGAGCGUGCUCAGAAACAAAAGGAAGAGGAGGCUCGCCUGCGGGAGGAGGCCGAGCGGAUUCGCUUGGAGCGGGAAAAGCAUUUCCAAAGGGAAGAGCAGGAGCGCUUGGAAAGGAAGAAGAGGCUUGAAGAGAUCAUGAAGAGAACUAGGCGUGUAGAAGCUGCAGAUAAGAAAGCCAAUGACCAGCAAAAUGGACAUAUAUCAAAGGCCAGUAGUCCUGGAGAAGCAGCCAUAACCAGUCCUGCAUCUCCUGUGGAACCGGCAGGAGGACCUCAGCUCCAGGCCACAGCACCUCCACACAACGGGACAUCCCUCACCUGCUCACGGGUGGUCGUGGCACAUCAACAGCCCCCUGAAAACAUGGACAGCAAUCUCAAUCCAGAGAAAAAUGCAAAUGAGAAUGGAAUGUCUAUGCAGAAUGAUAACUUUGAAGAGAUUAUAAACCUGCCUCUUGGUUCCAAACCGCCCCGGCUGGACGCCAUGAACAAUGAUGGAAGCAACAGUCCUGAAAUUCCCCUGAAUCCAAUCAUAGCCUUUGAAGAUAAGGGGACUCUCUUGCCUCAGGUAGAUAGUGUUCAAACACAUCAAACAGCAGAAGUGAUCUGAUUGUUUCUUCUGAAGAACCAAAGGUGAUAUGAGCAUCUCUGCAGUCAGUGGAGUUUCUUCCAUGCUAUGAAGGCGUGUUUUAUUUUUUCUGUGCAGUUUUUUAAAAAUUUCUUUAAUAUCUUUUUUGGAAGGACUUUAGUAAAACCAGCAGAAGAAAUGAUGGGAAUAGACUUGGAUCACCUUUCUAAUAGCUUUCAUCACUAGAAAAAUCAUGCUUCACGUGCAUUACUUAAUACGGCUUUUUCCAACAAGCUUUUUCUGUUAGUAAAUGGAUAUUUCUGCAUUUCUUAAGACAGGAGACACUGGAAUCUGAAAGCAAUGGGCUGAUUUGGGUGGUGGGACUGAUUCUUUUUUUUUUAAAAAGGUGGGUGUUGGUUUAAGAGGCAUAAUUGUAAAAUUGGCAAAGAAUCUUUUACACUUUGUGGUUCUAAUACUUGAAAAUAAAUACCUCAUUGCUCUACAAGUAGAGUUAAUGGGGUGUAUUAUUUAAACCUGUUGGUUUAAAUAUUAUUGCAGAGAACUCUAAUUAUGGGGGCAAAGUAUAGGCUUCUGUAUCAGGUUCUUGUAAAUGUAAUUCCUACAGGGACAUUCUGUAAAUUAAGAUGGCACUAUGAUCUUCUUGCAUUUUCUCUAAAAACACACACAAAAGGCAGGUUUUAAAAUGUGAAAAUUUGAAAGCAUUAUUUUUUCAUGGACAAGAGGAAAACCUAUUGUUCUUCUAGAUUGUGUAUUUAUGAAUUUUGUUCAGUACAGAAAUAAAUCAUUUAAUUGAAUAAAUUAGAAAAGUGUGGUAAAAUGAUACUGAAAACGUGAUUAUUUGUUU